AUGGAGAUGGAGAUGGAACUCGGGACAAGCACUGGGGCCGGGUCGGGGACCGAUGCGGAUCUAAGUCCACGGGGCUCCGGCUGCAGCCUCCGGCAUUUCGCCUGCGAACAGAACUUGCUGUCCCGGCCCGAUGGCUCCGCCUCCUUCCUGCAAGGUGACACAUCAGUCCUUGUGGGGGUCUAUGGACCAGCAGAAGUCAAAGUCAGCAAGGAGAUCUUCAACAAGGCCACACUGGAGGUGAUUCUGAAGCCCAAGAUAGGGCUACCUGGCGUAGCAGAGAAGAGCAGGGAGCGGCUGAUCCGGACCACGUGCGAGGCUGUGGUGCUGGGGACCCUGCACCCCCGGACCUCCAUCACCGUCGUCCUGCAGAUCGUCAGUGAUGCUGGCUCGCUGCUGGCCUGCUGCCUAAAUGCAGCCUGCCUGGCCCUGGUGGAUGCCGGGGUGCCCCUGCGGGCACUGUUCUGCGGCGUCACCUGUGCCCUGGACCUGGAUGGUGGCCUCGUCCUAGACCCCACCGCCAAGCAGGAGAAGGAGGCUCGGGCCAUCCUUACCUUCGCCCUGGACAGCACUGAACAGAAGCUGCUCAUGUCCACCACCAAGGGACUCUACUCUGUGGCUGAGUUCCAGCAGUGCCUUGCCGCGGCCCAGCAUGCCUCUCUUCACAUCUUUCGGUUCUACAGAGACUCUUUGCAGCGACGCUAUUCCAAGAGCUGAAUAGGAGCCAGCCCCCCCCUCCCCCCCAGAGGAAGGGGCCUCUGAGGGCCCCCUGAGCCCCACACUGUGAUCUCCGAAAAUGUAAAUAGCACAUCCUUGUUUACCUCA